UCAAAUCACAUUGCGCGAAGGGGCGGAGAGAUUCUUUACUGCCCUGUUUGUGCGCAUGAGCAACAUAUUAUUGCCUUCAUUGAUAAAAACCCUUUGUGAUAAUAUUUCCUCAUCUAAUCUUCUCACUGUCGCUUUCGGCGCGUUUUAUCAAUCCAUACGGGUGUUACAGUCAUCUGGAAAUUGGCAAUGGCAUCACGUGCAGGCCCAAGAGCUGCAGGGACUGAUGGGAGUGAUUUUAAACACAGAGAGAAAGUGUCUUCCCACUAUCAGAUGAGUGCUUCAUCAAAAUCAGAAAUAAAGAAGCUCACCGUAGUGCAUUUCUUCAUAUGGAUACUGGUGGCAGCUCAGGUGGCUGUUAGUCAUCUCAAUCUGGUGUCACAUGAUUUGGUGGCCAUGCCCUAUCAGUGGGAGUAUCCAUACCUUUUGAGUCUCCUCCCCUCGUUUAUUGGAGCCCUGGCCAUGCCGAAGAGCAACAUCAGCUAUCUGGUGAUCUCCAUGAUCAGUGCUGGUUUGUUCUCAGUAGCACCCUUGAUUUUUGGUGCAAUGGAAAUGUUUCCACUAGCCCAGCAGCUGUACCGACAUGGAAAAGCUUACCGGUUUAUCUUUGGCUUCUCAGCUGUAUCUGUGAUGUAUCUACUCAUGGUGAUUGCUAUUCAGGUGCACGCAUGGCAAAUCUACUACAGCAAGAAGCUUCUAGAUGCCUGGUUCAACUCAACACAAGAGAAGAAGAAGAAAUAAACAUGCUAUUGAGUACUUGAAUUUAUCCACCCUCAUUUUCUGUCUCAGUUGUUACUGUACAAUGCAUGCAAUUAUUGUAAAUGUUUAAAUAUACAUUUGUAAGCAACAAAGCUUACUUAAUGUGUGGAUUUUACAUUUUUUCAUAUAUAUUUAAAUUAAGUUUACCUUUUUUU